UAAAACCAAAUCAACAUUUUUGCGCAGAAAACAAUUUGCGCGACGCAACUAAGGCUGUGUGCGUGUGUGGUUAACCGCAGUAGUAGGAGGAGCAGCAGCAGCAGCAGCAGAAGCAGCGGUAGCACCAAUGAGCCUGUGGAAGCCAGCGGAGGCAUCUGGCCCACUCAUGAUCAUAUGGACAAAAAUUGCUAUAAAGUACUAAAAAUACAAUUACCGUGAGAAAAUCGCGCUGAUUUUGUGACUGAUUGUGAAGACGUUUAUAGUCGAUUUUUAGUGACUGACUGAGUGACCGACCGACCAGGCAGGCGAGGGUGUAUCUGUAUCUGUAUCUGUAUUUCUAUCUGUAUCUGUAUCUGAGUCUACUAUCUGUAUCUGUGUGGCCCAAUAUGGAUGCUGCUGCUCUUUUGCAUAAUUGUGGCGUGCGCUGUGCGCUCGUUUUUCCGGCUGCCAGCGCCAAAGAUGAUGGAGAUGACGUCGCCGUUCUGCCGCCGACCUUAGGCAUCAGCCGACACCGAACCCCCAAAAACCGAUCCCGAUCCCAGUGCACCUGUAACACUUUGAUCUGAUUUAGAUCAGCGCGUCUGGCCAGAAUCAGUCUCCGCAUCUGCCUCCGCCUCCGUCUCCGUCUCCGCCUUCGCCUCUGCCAGGUCGCAUUCCAAUGGCUGUUAAUAAAGUGCUUUGCCGAAAGGCAAACCAACAAUAACCGAUGGAUUUGGGAUGCCUCUGCCGCUGCCACCGCUGCCGAGGUGUACGCUGCGUAUGAGUGACGCUUCCACUAAGCGAAAUUUGUUGUUUAUAAAUAAUGAUCUUGGCCAGGCGAUCGGUUUAGUGCGCGCCCGCAGGCCAACGCAGUUGGAACGCAUUGGAGAUACUCGGUACUCGGACUCGGACACGGACUCGACGCGUUUGUUCGCUCGCAAUUAUUGUCGCUUGGCCAACACACGGAUACUGACUGAUACUCGCAUACAAAAUGGAGGACGACGAGAAGAUGGACAUCAUGCGCAAGGCAUUCCAAAUGUUCGACACACAAAAGACGGGCUUCAUCGAGACCCUGCGCCUGAAGACCAUCCUGAACAGCAUGGGUCAGAUGUUCGAGGAGAGCGAGCUGCAGGAUCUGAUCGAUGAGAACGAUCCGGAGGACACCGGCAAGGUAAACUUCGAUGGCUUCUGCAACAUCGCCGCCCAUUUCCUGGAGGAGGAGGAUGCCGAGGCCAUACAGAAGGAGCUGAAGGAGGCCUUCCGUCUGUACGAUCGCGAGGGCAACGGUUACAUCACCACCUCAACGCUCAAGGAAAUCCUCGCCGCCCUCGAUGACAAGCUAUCCUCCAGCGAUCUGGACGGCAUCAUUGCUGAGAUCGAUACUGAUGGCUCCGGCACCGUGGACUUUGACGAAUUCAUGGAGAUGAUGACGGGCGACUAGAGGAAUCAUGUUUGCUGACGAACGGGAUAAAUACCAACCAAUAUAGAACGAAGCUUUUGGGUUUAAUAAUAAUUUUUUAUUAU